AUGCCACGACCAAGAGUACGGCCCGAGGAACGACAGCGAUCCGAACGGGCUUGCGCUGCGUGCAAGGCAUCCAAGAUAAGAUGCGACUCCCAGAUUCCUUGUGAGGCAUGUGUCCGACGCAAGAGAUCCCAAUACUGCGUCUAUACGCACUUUGAUAGACGGCGACAUCGCCAUCGCCAGGAGAAUAGGCCGCGAAGAAUUCAACCGCCCGAAUCAACGUCGUCCGCCGAGUCCCACAAUGGGACGGUGGAUUAUAAUGACCCUACCGCCAACGUCUCACCUCAACUCCCAGGAAAUGAUCUCAUGAGCCCUCCUUUGGUGCCGGAUGUCAACAUUGCAGCAUCAUUACCGGAUCAGGUACAACGGUCAUCUGAGGUCCGAGCUUGUAGACCUGCCGAGACUACUCCUACUGCCAGAGGUGAUACCGGUGAACCUGCAUCGUUUUCCUUUCUUCACUUUCUUCGAAAGACUUUGCGACCUUUUGUAGGCUCUACCAGUUUCACCGACGGUGAUCAUGAUGGCGCUUUUCCCGGUGUGGACCUGGUGCCCAUAGUCGACAAUGUAUACGAUACAUCUCCAGAGACUCUUCGCAAUUUACUGAACUUUUACUUGCAAGCGACUCAAGGUCUAUUUGAUCUCUUCUCAGAUGAAGAGAUGGACAGGCUAUUGACCACGAGGUCAGCAAGUUCAAGGCAUGAAUCAGGGGUGGACGAAGACCUUGCUGCUCUUGACGUCGCUCUGGCCAUUGGCGCGCAAACCCACCCAGAUUAUCAGUCAAAUCCCCAAAUUGCUACUUCAUUUAUGCUGAGAGCAAAACAAGUCGCGUUUGAAGGCAUGCUGGCGAAUCCAAGCACCAAAUUAGUGCGACUCUUUUUGCUGCUGGCAUUCUUCAUGCUAGGCGCCAGCCAUCGAAAUGCCGCUUCCAUGUAUAUGGGCAUAGCGGCACGUGCGGCUAUUAUAGGCGGCUUGCAUCAAGAAAAGUCCUAUCAAUGGCUCUCUGAGAGCGAAGGUGACGCCAGGAUGCGCAUCUGGAACAGUCUGAGGAUACUCGACGUUCUUGCAGGCUUCAUUAUCGGGCGUCCGCAACAUAUUCCCGAGGUUUGGCAUCGCAACCCUCCCGAGAGCUCUGUUAUUGCCUUUGGCGCUAUACUCGAGGGAUGUCAAUUACUAGAAAACACGGUGCGAACUCUCCGUUCGGGAAACGUACUCCAUGUCCCAACCGCAGAAGGCCUACUCAAAGGUCUGCGAGGAUGGAUCCAGGGUCUCCCGGAUGCGGCACGAAAUUUCGCCUACAGUCCUGGCGUAGCGCUUGAUCCUGAGAAGCGGCGGACUUUGGUCGGCAAUAUUCACAUCUCCUGCGUAUAUUAUUUUGCGGUAAUGCUCAUCACCAGGCCGUUUCUAAUAGCCUAUCUCGUAUCCAGGUUGCGCGGCAGGGCACCAGAUCACUUGAUUGUGGACCCAGAAGAGGCGACUGAUGUUAGGAUCAAGAACCAUGAAGUAUCCAAGCUGGCACAAGUAUGUGUUGGAUCAGUGGUAUACUUAACGGAAAUGCUGCAGCGACUUCAGAAGCUCGGCUUUGCCUACGGAAACCUGUGUCUGCUUCAGUCCUGGAUCUUUGGAUCUGGCUUGGUCCUAGGGUUUUCCAAAUUCGCCGGUGAGCCACGAGAAGACAUAGACAAUGGCUUUGAAGCUAGCCUAAGCCUCCUUAAAGACAUGGCAGAGUCGAGUCCUCAGGCCAAGUUUUACCAUCAUGUACUACAGAGCUUUUCGGAAACUGUGAUGCGCUACCGUCAACGCGUAGCCAGAGAGGUUCAAAAUACAGUCCAAGAUUACAUGGAACAUGUACUGGUCAUUGAAACAUCACAGACUGACGCGCAGCUCGAGAACAACAUGGCAAGUCUUUUUGACUUGACAGAGUUCGAGAGUCAACUCGAUACUGAGGAUCUCGACUUUGAGCUGAACCAAUUCGAGAAGUUCUUUUACACGGUAGAAUAA